AUGGUUAAUGCAGUUGCUGUGCUUAGAGGAGACUCCAACGUCUCUGGAGUUGUCAAAUUUGAACAAACUUCUGAAUCCGAGCCAACCACAAUCAGCUGGGAAAUUGCCGGUAACGAUCCAAACGCAUUGAGAGGAUUCCACGUUCAUGCUUUUGGUGACAACACCAAUGGAUGCACUUCAGCUGGUCCUCACUUCAACCCAUUCAAGAAGACCCACGGUGCUCCAGAGGAUGAUGAGAGACAUGUUGGUGACUUGGGUAACAUUUCUACAGACUCUCAAGGUGUAGCCAAGGGAACCAAACAGGACUUGUUGAUCAAAUUGAUUGGAGAAAAUAGUAUUUUGGGUAGAACUGUUGUUGUGCAUGCUGGUACUGAUGACUAUGGUAAGGGUGGGUUUGAGGAUUCAAAGACUACUGGACAUGCUGGUGCCAGACCAGCUUGUGGUGUCAUUGGAUUGUCAGAGUGA